UUCUAAAAUUGUUUUAAGCGUUUUUAGCUAAUUUUCACGGACAAAUUUCAAAAUAUCUACAGACAGACAUUUUGACCCAAUCGACCUCUACAUUUGCCUUUACGCGUGUUUGUUUUUGUUCAAUUUCCUGUAGUGUGUUGACAGACUAGAAAAUGUACUGUUACAAGAACAUGGUCUAUGGUUUUAAUUUGCAAAAUGGCGUUACUGUGUCUUCUACACUGACAGCGCGGUAUAUUCAAAAUAUCAAGUAAUUUAAAUUUUAAUGAAGUUCAAGCAAAUUAGUCAUGGCUAUAAAAGUAGGUAUAAAUGGUUUCGGUCGAAUCGGUCGAGUGAUAUUUAGGGUUUGUAUACAAGAUUCAAAUUUAGAGGUAACUGCAAUCAACGACCCCAUUGUCGACAUUGAUUAUAUUUGCUAUUUGAUCAAAUUCGACUCUACGCAUGGAAAAUUCAAUGGCAGUGUUACAUAUAAGAACAACGAGAUUACACUUGGUAAUGACCAUAUUGUUAAAGUUUUUCACGAGAAACUACCUUCAAACAUUCAGUGGCAAGUGGCUGGAGUGCAGUAUGUUGUAGAAGCAUCUGGAAUGUUCACUAAUUUGGAAAAGGCAUCGGGUCAUUUAGCGAGUGACGGUGUGAAGCGUGUGGUUGUAACCGCCCCCAGUGUAGACGUACCAAUGUUAAUACUCGGAGUCAACGAUAAUAAAAUACAUUCCGCACAGAAAGUGAUAUCAUGCGCAUCAAGUACAUUGUACUGCUUAGCUCCGAUAAUAAAAGUUUUGGUGGAUAACUUCGGCGUAAGUGAAGGCUUCAUUACAAGCAUCCAUGCUAUGACUCCGUCGCUCAAACCUCUAGAUGGGAUUUGUUUGCGAGGCAAGCACUGGCGCGAUCACAGAAGUAUUCUUCAGAACAUAAUACCAGCUAAGACAGGAGCGUGCAAAGCGCUGGGUAAAAUCGUGCCUCAGGUUAAAGAUAGACUCUGCGGCUUGGCAUUCAGGGUGCCAAUAGCUAACGUCUCUGUACUUGAUCUUACUAUACGGUUAUCUUCUGACACUACAUUAUAAGAUAUUGUUGCGAAGGUUGAAAAAGAGAGUUCUACAUCUAUGGAAAAUAUAAUAAAACUAUCAAUCGAUGAAGCUGUAUCUUCAGAUUUUAUUGGGGACCGCCAUUCCUGUAUUUUAGACGUCGAAUCAAGUCUGCAGUUGAAACCAAAUUUCUAUAAACUUGUUUGUUGGUACGAAAACGAAUACUCUUAUGCUUGUAGAGUAAUUGAUUCCAUAAUUUUCUCAGAAACGCAAUUGCGAAUACCAAAUCCCAGAUGUAAAAUGACAUAUGUUAGGCAAAAGACUACACAGAAACAGAAUAUCAUACAACAAACAGAAAAUACUGGUAAGAAAAUAUCAAUAGUAGAACGUAAUAAUAAUUUAAAAGUUAAUUCGAAAUUAUUAAGUGAUGUUUCCCAAAACGUGUGUUUCAAACCUAAGCCACAACCUCAUCCUAUUGUUCUGAAGAAACCCAUAUCUGGCAAUAAUACAGCAGCACUCUUAUCAUCAAAUAAUCGUGACACUAAAAAGCGAAAUGAAAUAUUUAAAAUAUGGAAUGAUGACAACGACGUGAUUAAAUCCGUAAAUCUUCAAAACAGAAACUCAUUUUUUUAUAGUUGUGUCGACUCAGUUCCACAGCCGUCAACAAUAAAAAGAAUUGACAAUUUUAAAGCACAAGAGCGUUUGCAAAAAGUUAAGAAAGAAUUUUUCAAAAUGGUAAACAUUACAGAAGAUUUGUUAAAAAAAUCAAAUAGCAAUAAAAUUCAAAUGCAUCUUUCGAAUCGAAUUCUCGAAAAGAAAACUAAUAUUAGUAGUUCUGAAUUGGAUAAUAAAGAGACUACUAAUGUAAAGAUAAUACCUAUAAAAGAAUGCAACAAAUCUCAAAAGAGAGUCUCUGGAGAUUUCGAAUCUAUUAUAACUAAUAAUAAUAGCUUAGACAAUAACGAUACGAAUAUCAAUGAACACAUAAGUUCAUUUAGUGUUUUUGAGACGACUAAUAUAGAAACUACAAAAAGUAAUGAAAUUCAACCAUUAGCACUUAAAAAUAAUCAAAAACGCAGGCAAUUAAAUGUAAAUGAUGACACUAAGAAAUUUAAGUUUUUAAAUCCAGUGAACUGUGAAUUCAAAGAACACGUAGCUAAAACUAUAAAUACUCUAAUAGAUGGGCUAUCGCAAAAUAUACAAGUUCAGUCUGUUUUCAUUGACAGAAAUAGAGACAAACGGCAACAUCGCAAAUCGACAAAUUGGAACAAACUAAAUAAUAAUAUUAAUGUACAUUCUGAACCACGGAGUAAUAAUGAUAGUGGUUUUUUUUCGCCCAUUAAUAAGGAAUUCAGUGAAAUCGAAAUAAAUACAGAUAAUAUAUUUUCAAGAUUUCAAGGGCCUGAAAACGUUAAAGAAGAAGCAAUACAAAUAAAUGAAACUAAAGAAGAAGCAUUACAAAUAAAUGAAACUAUGAAUAAUCACAACAAUAUAAAUAAAAGUGAUGACUCGAUACAAGAUAGAAUAGCUAUACCUUUGCAUAAAAAUGAAUAUAAAAAGCAAAACAAAGCUGAGACAUUUGACAUCCAACAGGAUAAUGUUAAAAAUCAGGCAUCGAAUGAUAACCUACUAAUGCCGUUAAAUAGUCAUAAAAACAUAACAGAAAGUAAAUUUGAAACAAUUAAUAUUGAAAACGAAUAUCUGUCAAGGAAAACUGACGAUAAUAAUAAAGGCAAAAUUCUGCGAAAGAAAAUUUUGGACAGUUUGAAUAGAUUUUCAUCUGACCCUGUAGUAGUUAUUUCAAAUCUUACAUUAAAAUGUGCUAGUCCUGGUAAUACAAUUACAACUGUAAACUACAGCGGUGGUGCUAGAAAUAAACAAGAUAUAUAUGAUAAACUGGAUAGUACGAGUGCGACUGAUUCUGAGAAUUCAUUCCAAAUAAACGAAAGAAAAUCUCAAGUUAUUCACAUAACCGACUUGACAAAUUCAUUAGAAGAUUUAGCACGGUUAGACAAAAUAUGCAAGAUUAUAGAAAUAUCUGAUGAGUUAUCUGACAAAUUAUUUUCUGCUUUGGAUAAUGAAGGCACCAAUAUAAGAAAAAGGCAUUGGUCAUUUAAAGACUUGUGCGAGAGAAUAAAAUUAGACGCCUUUUGCAAUAAAAUAUUUGGUAAAUCUAAAAUGUGAAUCGUGUGAAACACUAAAAUUAAACUAAGUGUGUUAAAUAAAUUUUAUUAAAAAAUCCAAUAAAAUUC